UUUCUUUCCCACACAACAUCCCAAUUGAAGAUGGAAGAAGAUCACCCAAACCCCUCUUCCUCAUCUCAGACUAUAAUCAUAACUGCACUCUCAUCUCUUUCCCCUUCCCACCUCUCUCAUCUCACCCACCACCUCUCCUCCGUCUUCCACCACCACUCCCGCCGCGUCUCCGCCCUCCUCUCCUCCCCCAUCCUCUUCUCCCUCACUCUCCACCACCUCCACACCCUCUCCCUCCACCACAAAUCUCUCCUCAUCUCCCGCCACCUCCUCUCCAAUCUCUCCCUCCUCGCCAAUUACAUCCACGGCCACGGAUCACCGCAACCCCCCACCGCCCCCAUGAUGAAGCUCCGCGACCUCGACGUCCUCCUCCUCCUCCUCCUCCUCUGCGAGCUCCACCAGCACGACCCCCACGCGCUCGACUCGCCGCCGUCACGGUGGCGCGUCGAGCUCUGCCGUCACGCGACUAAAAGCGCGUUGAGCCUCUCCAACAUGGGCGUUUCCAAUUGCGAAAUUCUAAUCAAGUACGUAGAGCUCGUGGCUAAGUGUAGGAACUUUGUUAACGCGAUGGGCUGCGGCGGGGACGGGAAGGACGGCAGAGAAGUGUCGGCGUCGGUGGCGGCCGUGGUGGCGCUGCCGUCCGUGGAAGUGAGCGCGAGUGGGUGGGAGUGUGUGAUAUGUAAGGAGGAGAUGAGAGAAGGAAGAGAUGUUUGUGAACUGCCAUGUCAGCAUUUGUUUCAUUGGAUUUGUAUAUUGCCUUGGCUUAGGAAGAGGAAUACGUGCCCCUGUUGCCGGUAUAAGCUCCCCACCGACGACGUUUCCGGCGAGAUUGAACGGUUGUGGGCGAUUUUUGCUGCUAAAACUGGUGGUGCAUAGCUAUAUAUGCCACUGUGCAGUGGCAAAUUAAACUAAUUAAUUUAGUACAAAUCUUUGUUGAUCUCAAAAUAAUUCUCAAGUGUGGACGUAUCUGGCUACUACGUACACUCCAUUAUAGCCAUAAUUGCAUUUUAAUUUCCCAAUCCAAUUUUUUUUUUUUGGGUGAUAA